AACCUUCCAUCGCGCCCCUGCAAAAAAAAAACACAUUCCCAUCACCCACACAGCAACAGCACAUCCACCAUGGCCCGAAUACCACAACGCCUCCUGGCGUCUAUACCAUCAUCAUCAUCAUCAUCAUCACCAUCCACCCUCCAGCAAGCAACCGCCCGACUCCCUCCAUCCCUCGCAGCCUGCACCCGCUGCAGCACCACCACCACCACCCUCCCCCACGGCCGCCGCCACCUAAUGACAGCAAAGUACCCCGACUCCGCGCCCCGGAAAACCGACGACGACGACGACGAGUCUGUCGUUGCAACGCGCUGGGACGGGAUGGAGCACAUGGGCUCGGAAAAGUCUGUCCGGCGGGCGGGUGAGCCGGCGGUUGAGUUUCGGAGGUUUAUCAGUGCGAGGGGCAAGGCGCAGAGUGAUAGGGCGUUGACGGGUGUGUUUGAGGGGGUGUUCAAGGCGACGGAUGGGUCGUGGCGUGGUGUUGCGCUGGAUGAUUUGGGGGUUAAGUUUCGUGCAAUCAAACAAAUCAUGCAGCAAACCGGCCGCAUCAUCCCGGACCCCAUCAUCCACGAGGUCCGAACCGCGGGCGCGCUCUUCGCACACAUGCGCCAGCAGAACACGCAGACACAGACGACGAAGAGCACGAAGACGCAGAACGGCACGGCCAGGGUGGCGGAUGUGAUGCGCACGCGGGAGCUGGCGGCGAAUGUGCAUGUGAGCUCGCGGCGGCGAACGAUGCAGAGUCGCGAGUCGGCGAUUGGGCGGUGGAAGGUGGUGCAGAAGGCGUUGAUGGAGAGGCAUUUGCCGCUGUAUCGGGAGACGCAUGAUUGGGAUGCGGGGCGGGUGAGGGGGCGGAGGGGGUGUGUGUAG